CAGGUUUUGGUCACUCUAAGAGGUUUAGCACGUGGAAAAACAACGGCAGCACCGCAUUUUGUGGAUAAAUAUAUAUUUACUAAUAAAAUCGGUGCACUUUCGGCAUAAAUAUGUCGAACCUCUAUGUGCUCUACGAGCAUGCAGCGGGAUUCUCGCUCUUCUCCGUCAAAGAGUUCGAGGAGGUGUCCAUGUUCCUGCCCCAAGUAGAGUCCUCCGUCACGGACAUUGCCAAGUUCAACUCGAUAGUGAAGCUGGCUGGAUUUGCUCCCUUCAAGACCGCCAUUGCCGCCCUAGAAAAUAUCAAUGCCAUCUCUGAGGGUAUUGUGCCACAGGAUCUGCUUACUUUCCUGGAUGAUUUCUUCGCCAAGCUAAAAAAGAAGAAGUGCACCCUUGGCAUUGCUGAUGCCAAGCUGGGAGCAGCAAUCACUGAGGCCAUUGGAGUACAGUGCAGUCACUUUGGUGUAGUUCCUGAAAUUCUGCGAGGUGUACGCUUCCACUUUUCCAAGUUGGUCAAAGGAUUCACCGACCAAUCUGCUGGCGUUGCUCAGUUGGGUCUGGGCCAUAGCUACUCGCGUGCCAAGGUCAAGUUCAACGUCCAUCGUUCCGACAACAUGAUUAUUCAGUCUAUUGCUCUGCUGGAUCAGCUCGACAAAGACGUCAACACCUUUUCCAUGCGCAUACGCGAGUGGUACUCUUACCACUUCCCAGAACUGGUCAAAAUCGUGCCCGAUAACUACAUGUUUGCUAAGACGGCCAAGUUCAUUAAGGACCGCAAGAACCUCACCCAGGAUCAGCUCGAUGAGCUUGAAAAGAUCGUUAUGGAUUCGGCCAAGGCACAAGCCAUUAUAGAUGCGGCUAAGAUGUCAAUGGGAAUGGAUAUUUCCAUCGUGGAUCUGAUGAACAUCGAGCUUUUUGCUGAGCGCGUUGUCAAGCUAUCCGAGUACCGAAAGAAGUUGUCCACCUAUCUGCACAACAAAAUGAACUUGGUGGCGCCCAAUCUGCAGUCUUUGAUAGGCGACCAAGUUGGUGCCCGCCUCAUCUCGCAUGCCGGCAGUUUGACCAACUUGGCCAAGUACCCUGCAUCCACGGUACAGAUUUUGGGUGCCGAAAAGGCUCUUUUCCGUGCCCUGAAGACCCGCUCCAACACUCCCAAAUAUGGUUUGAUCUACCACUCUUCCUUUAUUGGCCGUGCCGGAAUCAAAAACAAGGGACGCAUUUCCCGUUUCCUGGCCAACAAGUGCUCCAUUGCUUCUCGUAUCGAUUGCUUCCUCGAGCAGCCGACUAGCGUGUUCGGUGAGACGCUAAAACAGCAAGUGGAAGAUCGCCUUAAGUUCUACGAGUCCGGUGAUGUGCCGCGCAAGAAUAUCGAGGUCAUGAAGGAGGCCAUCGAGGCAGUUGGCCAGGAAGCUGCCGCUGCUGCUCAGUCUGAGAAGAAGAAAAAGAAGAAGAAGCGCGGUGCGGAAGAAGAGACCGAAACCAAUGGAGCCAGCAAUGGAAACGGAACGGCAGAGGCUGAAAACGGCAACGGAAACGCCGAUGGAGAGCCAAAGAAGAAGAAGAAAAAGAAGAACAAAAAUAAGGAAGCCGUCGAAGCGUAAUUGUCGCCUGCAUUCAGCGUAGUUUUAAGUUCACAAUUUCGUUUUACUUUCCUAAUUUGUACUUUUACCCUUUUCCAAAUGGACCCAACUUUAUAUUCAAUAAACCGUGUAGGGUAUUUGUCCCGAAAUAUA